AUGCUGGGAUCCCUCUUACUCCUGGCACCCCUUGCAGGGGCUGCAGUCAUUGGGUCCCGCGCGGACAGCCAAGACUGUCCCGGGUACAAGGCAUCCAAUGUCCGCGAGAAGGGUAACUCCUUGACUGCCGACUUGACUCUUGCGGGCAAACCCUGCAACAGUUACGGCACCGACUUGAAGCACUUGAAGCUGCUAGUUGAGUACCAGACUGAUGAACGUCUCCAUGUUAUGAUUUAUGAUGCCGACGAACAAGUUUAUCAAGUCCCGGAGUCGGUGGUACCUCGUGUAGGUGGCCGUCAUAGCUCUGAAGAUGACUCCGUCUUGAGCUUCGAUUAUGAAGAAGAACCCUUCUCUUUCACCGUCUCCAGAGGAGACGAGGUGCUUUUCGACACUUCUGCAUCAAACCUCGUCUUUCAGUCGCAGUACUUAAACCUUCGGACCUACCUCCCCGAAGACCCUUAUUUGUAUGGUCUCGGAGAGCAUAGUGAUCCUUUACGUUUGCCUACGGAGAAUUACACCCGCACGCUCUGGAACCGUGACGCCUACGGUACCCCUGAAAACACCAACUUAUACGGCAGCCACCCCGUAUACUAUGACCACCGUGGCGAGUCUGGAACUCAUGGCGUUUUCCUGUUGAACUCCAAUGGUAUGGACAUCCGCGUCAGCAAGGACGAGGAUGGAGAACAGUAUCUUGAGUACAAUACUCUGGGAGGUAUCUUUGACUUCUACUUCUUUACCGGAAACACUCCCAAGGAGGCUAGCAUCGAGUACUCGAAGGUGGUCGGUCUUCCGGCUAUGCAAAGCUACUGGUCUUUCGGUUUCCAUCAAUGCAAAUACGGCUACCGUGAUGUCUACCAGGUUGCCGAGGUUGUUUACAACUACAGUCAAGCUAAGAUCCCAUUGGAGACUAUGUGGACCGAUAUCGACUACAUGGACCGUCGGAAGGUCUUUACUCUCGACCAAGAGAGGUUUCCCAUGAAUAGAACGCGUGAGCUUGUGACUUAUUUGCAUGAGCACGAUCAGCAUUAUAUUGUCAUGGUUGAUCCCGCCGUCAGCACAGCUGGAAACGCGGCUUUCGAGAGAGGUCUAGAGCAGGGGAUCUUCCUCCAGACCCAAAACGAUAGUCUCUACAAGGGUGCUGUGUGGCCUGGCGUGACUGCAUUCCCAGACUGGUUCCACCCGGACACCCAAGACUAUUGGAACGAUGAGUUCGCAAGAUUCUUCGAUGCAGAUACUGGUGUCGAUAUCGAUGGACUGUGGAUUGACAUGAACGAGGCCUCCAAUUUCUGUCCUUGGCCCUGCACAAACCCAGAACAGUAUGCUGCUGAGAAUGACUUGCCACCCUUGCCGCCACCCGUUCGUCCAGGCAGCCCACGGCCCCUGCCCGGGUUACCUCCAUCAUUCCAGCCUUCUUCGGCCAAGCGAUCGUCUAAAAGAGCAUUGUCGGGCAAAGGACAUAAGAUCGGCUUGCCUGGACGUGACCUUAUCAACCCUGCCUACAAGAUCCAAAACGCCGCCGGGUCUCUCAGCAACAAGACAAUCAACACUGACAUCAUUCAUGCUGGCGAAGGAUAUGCCGACUAUGACACCCAUAACCUAUACGGAACAAUGAUGAGCUCUGCAUCGCGAGUUGCCAUGGAGCAGCGCCGGCCUGAUGUGAGGCCUCUGAUCAUCACUCGCAGUACAUUCGCGGGUGCCGGUGCGCAUGUUGGUCACUGGCUUGGAGACAACCUGAGUCAAUGGAGCCAGUACCGCUUCUCCAUCUCCCAGAUCGUCGCAUUCGCGUCCAUGUUCCAGGUUCCCAUGGUCGGUGCAGACGUGUGCGGAUUUGGAAGCAACACAACCGAGGAGCUUUGCGCGCGUUGGGCCUCCCUGGGAGCUUUCUAUACGUUCUUCCGGAACCACAACGAGAUCGGUAGCAUCUCUCAGGAAUUUUACCUCUGGCCCACCGUGGCCGAAUCCGCUCGCAAGGCCAUUGAGAUCCGAUACAAACUCUUGGAUUACAUCUAUACCCAGUUUUACCGACAAAGCAAGACCGGCGAGCCUUUCCUGCAGCCCAUGUUUUACCUGUACCCUGAGGACAAGAACACCUUCUCCAACGGUCUGCAAUUCUUCUACGGCGAUUCUAUCCUCAUUAGUCCCGUGACUGAGGAGAACCAGACAUCGGUCACCGCAUACUUCCCCAAGGAUAUUUUCUACGACUGGUACACCGGUGCUCCCCUGCGUGGCAAGGGCACCAACGUGACGCUCUCUAACAUUGACAUCACGCAUAUCCCCAUCCACAUCCGCGGAGGUAGCAUCGUCCCCGUCCGGUCCAGUGGUGCCAUGACCACGACGGAGUUGCGCCAGAAGAGCUUCGAGCUGAUCGUUGCCCCCGGUCUGGAUGGUACUGCUUCGGGAAGUCUAUAUCUAGACGACGGAGACUCACUGAGGCAGAAUGGCACGUUGGAAGUGCAGUUCCAAUACCGUCGAGGCACGCUAUUCAUCAAGGGCAAGUUCGAUCGCAAGACAGACGUGAAGAUCGAAGGAGUCACGGUCUUGGGACAGUCGCGCGUGUCUACUACCAGCUCGGCCUCCGAGGAAACUGGAAGCCAGAGAGUCACCAUCCCGACACAAGUGGAGCUGGCUGGGCCGACUGAGGUGCCGUUGAACUAG